AUGGACGAUGCUUUUGAAAAACUAAAGAAAGAAGGCAAAACGGACGUGGACAGUCUCAUAAAAUGGAUGAAAGAUUCGAAAGUGAUAGACAGCUCUAAAGCUAUGGAGGAGAAGGCUCGUGCAUUAUUCGCUGACGCAGCCAACAAGCAGAGCGUCGAGCUCGCCAAAUUUAAAGACGCCCUCGGAAAACUAGCUGCUGAACAGAGCAUAGAACAGUUGGUCACAAAGUUAUCAGCAGAGGGACCCAAGAUGCUGUCAGCUGCGCUGGCCGCGGGCGCUAACGCGUUCACAGAGACACUCACCAAGAAAGAUAAAUAG